GUAGGCCCGUGCCGUGGCGGGAAACACAAGUCGAUCAGCUGGCAGCCUGGUGCACAGGCCCUGCUUCUUUCAAAGGUUUUGACUGUUUUGCUGACGUAGUUCGUCCGAUCUAGUCCAUUUGCAUCAUCAUGACUCCCCCAAGGCACCAUCUAGUCUCCUACAAAGGACUUGUGGUCGAAUUUCGCGAGGAAAAUUCCCAGGGAGAGACUACAAUCCAAGCUAGGGUUUUCAAAAUGGACAAGACCUCUCACAAGUUCGUUCAAGUGUGCAUGGUAAAUAGUCCAGAACUUGGAAACUUGUACAUCCUAACGGCUAAGUGUGUGACCGAGGAAAGCAGCGGGUCCGUCCUUCCGUGCGUUCUCUUCCGUAACUGCAAGGGGGACUCUGGGUCUCCUUGUGUGUUUCACACAGCAUUUCUAAUACUGGAUGGAGAAGAUGCAAGGUUCCUGAAUGUUAGACGAAUGUCAACAUCACACAGCAUGUGUCACAGCGAUGUUUUGAAGACUUUCCAGCUCCUAUCUGGACCGCAGCUCGCAUAUAGUUACCAUGGAGAUGUAUACGUCACCCGUGACAAACAGAAUAGUGGAACAUUCCAACCUGUGAAGAUCGCAACAUCGACCUUUGACCCACUGUGGUGGGGAAAGCUGGGAAACACACUGGUUGCCAUGGGAACAGAAGAGGACUCAUCAUCAGAUCAACAGAUGGACACAGGAGAGGAGGUCGUCGCCAACCUUGACCUUAUCUGGGGUCACAAGUGGAUGUACAUUGCCAUGGCAACUGAAGACGAAGACCUCAAGAAAAGGGACGGAAGCAUCUUCGUUCCUCAUCCCUACGCAUGUGUGGCUAGGGCGGUGCACUUGUUAGAAUACAGGCUGAUCAAACAGACAAUAGAUGGGGAUAAUCCAGAGCAGGAUGAUGAUGAUGAUGUCCACCAAUCAAAAUUGCUGUUAGCCACCAGUCAGGGUCAGCUGGCGGAGCUGGAGGAUGGGGAGGUGAGGAGGAUCUGUGAGCUGCCGUUCCAGGACCCGUGUGACGUGCGUGUGGCGUACGUCAGUGGAGGGGAGACGCUUGUACUUGUGACGUCAGCCACAGGAGGGGUGUGUGCAGUGUGGGGCAGCAACUUCAAGCCUGCAGGCCAUUGGCCGGCUGCCCACACAGCCCUGACAGACUACUUCCUGUCCUGUGGGACCCAGCAGGUGCUGCUGUUAUCUGGGAGGGGAGGAGACGUCUUUGAAGGUUUCCUCCUCACUGACCUGAUGGGUUACAACAUCACAGAACAGGAGAGCCAGACAUCUCUGGAAGAUCUGCGGUCCCUGUCAGCCCAGAAGGACAGAGUGAUUCGGCAGACGUGCACGGCUCUGAGAGCCAUGGUCCUACAGACUGGCCGCAUCACUCAGGCCACUCUACCAGAUGAUCCCUCCCUUGUAUGCCUGUAUGACGGACAGAAUGGUCGCACCAGUGGUGAUCAAUUGCCCCCCUCUCCAUCCCUGCCGGGCCCCAUUACAGUAGUGCAAGUCUGGCAGAGACUGGUCCUGGACCAAUGGGUGGUCGGGUUAGAGAUCAGCAACCAGUCAGACAGGACUUUGCGAGAUGUUCGCCUUGCCCUAGUUAGACAUGACAGAGUUAAAACUGGUGUCAUUAAGAGUUCAAGAUGGGACACCACAGAAUCCACAUCCUCAUGUAGAGUUGUUCCAAGAAUCCCUCCCUCAGAAAAAUCAGGCUCAGAAGCAACUCAUGUCCAAUCCAAGAAACUAAAACUUGACAGAGGUGUAGGAGAUGCAACACAACUGAAUACUACACUAGUCUGUGUGUCCCCCUUACCUAAUUUUGGUGCCCAAUCCUCUGUGCAAUGCUCUUUAAUCCUAUCCUGGAGAGAAGGGGACAGUAAAGGUAAAGGCAGUGAGAAGGAGGCCAGCUGGAGAGAUUUCUGUCUGGAUGUUGGGCACGUGAAGCUGUCCAACGGAGACAUUACCAGUGGCCUUCUGACUGUGUUGUCAAUGGACAGAAGCAAAACUGCUGACUUGCAGAAGGUAGACUUGCUGGCCCUUGAUGCCGUGCAGUCAAAAACCAGGCUAAAGGUCAGAUGUAGUCAUGGCAACCUCAGACAGCUGCCUCAGAUGUUGCAAAGCACCCUGGGAUUCCAGGCUAUCCCAGGAGCCUCUGGGCUGUUCUGUGAGCAGCAGGGACCUCUGCAGUAUGUGAGAGUCACCUGUACUGUCCUCAACAGGGUGGAAGCUGAUUUGUCUGUUUUUACAAGGGACCUGCCCCAGCUGUGUCUCCUGCUCCACUCUCUCUACAACAUCCUCCCGCAGGGAACAAAAGUCCUGCCUGACCUACAAGACUUCAAGGUCAAGGAAGAAGUGGAAAAAUAUGUAACAUCUGUGGACACUGAACUACCACAUGUGGGAAGCAAGCUGAGAACCUUACUACAAGGGGAGGUAGAGCAAGAGUGAAGCUUUGGCAGUGUCAA